AUGGCAACAGGUUUAGCCCACGACACUGUGGGAGAGGUAACUGAGCAGGCCACGGAUACCUCGAUAGGGAUGAGGUUAAAGAUUCAGCAACUUUUAGGCCUGACAGCCGAUCCAGUAGAUGUUUUACAAGUGUUGCAGUUUAACAGGUUACCUGAAGGAGUAAGGACGACCACAGGCUUCUGUCCCAAAAGGAAAUCUGCCUCCAGCGCAGAUGUGGCUUACAGAAUAUCCAAAAAGGCUCAAAUCAGCGCCCCCACCAAACAGCUCUUCCCAGGAGGCACUCGAUUCCCUGAAGACUUCUCUAUCAUGGCACUGGUGAAACCAAAGGCUGGAAACCAGGCUUUCCUGCUGUCCAUCUACAGUGAGCAAGGCAUGCAGCAGGUGGGAGUGGAGCUAGGCCGGUCACCUGUCUUCCUGUAUGAGGACCACAGUGGGAAGCCUGCACCCGAGGACUACCCCAUUUUUGGAGGCAUCAAUCUCUCAGAUGGAAAGUGGCAUCGAGUUGCCAUCAGUGUGCAGAAGAAGAAGAUCACUAUGAUUUUUGACUGCAAGAAAACUGUGACCAAACUUCUGCCCCGCAGUAACAAGCCCAUCAUUGACACCAAGGGAAUUGUGGUGUUUGGAACCAGGAUUUUAGAUGAAGAAGUGUUUGAGGGUGACAUCCAGCAGCUGCUGAUUUCCUCAGAUCCCCGGGCUGCCUAUGACUAUUGCCAGCACUACAGCCCAGACUGUGGCACCCCGCUCCCGGACUACCCCCAGAGUCAGGAACCCAGCGCCGAGGACUAUUACUAUGAAGAUUACCAGUAUUAUGACUAUUACGAUGAGUUUCAGACUUUAGUACCGCCCACCGUGCCAGUGCCUGAUGGAGCUGUUGGAAAGCCUGAUUCGGGGCAGAAAGGGAAAACCAACGGGCGGAAGCAGGCGAAGCCGAAAGCUGAGGCUGCCCAGAGAAAGGCGCCCUCGCCGAAGCCUGCCACUGUCAAGCUGGCCACGGCCGCUGCCCAGAGCUCUGCGGUCAAGUUCAGUAUCGCUGCCACCACCAAGGCUGGCACCACCAAGACUGCUGUCACAAGAAUCCCGCAGAAGAGCCAGCUCAAUGGUUUCCAACAGGAUCCUACAGACCCCGCUCUCUACGAGGAGGAGAUCCCCGUUGAGACCAUCCCAACCGGACAGGACUACGGUGAGGUGGCAGUCACUGAGGAGGUCCCACAAAUCGUUGAGGCUGAUGUGACCCAGCUGGAGCAGGCAGCUACCACCGUGCGUCCAGUUACAGGCGAUGUGGUUUAUAAGGAGUAUUUCACUGGGGAAGAUGUUGGUCCCGGUGACCCAGGCUACGAUUAUGACUACAUUUACAAAGAUUACUACGAGGAAACCCUGCCCACGGAGAUUGGACCAGGACUGCCUGUUGAGAGCGAGGUGUACACAGAAGGAAUGGCCCUAAGUGGAUUAAAGGGUGAGAAAGGGGAACCGGCAGUAGUCGAGCCAGGAAUGUUAGUGGAAGGUCCUCCUGGUCCAGAAGGCCCUGCGGGUCAGCCUGGCCCCCCAGGUGCAGCAGGACCUCCCGGACCCAUGGGUGAACCUGGUGAGAGGGUAAGUCCUGGUCUGCUCUGUGGAACAGCUGUCCGGUGCUCAUACUUCAUGGAGUUUUGUGUUGCGGCAUUCAGUCAACACCCAGAUGUAACCAAUCAAGAACAGUGA